AAAGAGCAACACUCGAGGGCUAUUGGUUUGCGUAUUAAUCAUCAUCAGCAUGUUUUACGAGUUUAUUUUAAAUACUGGUACUUGCACACCAUAAAAUCCAAGCCUUUGAGAACAUCAGUGACUAUGCAUUUAAAAACGUCACAGCACCAAACCAUAUUGCACUAUUUUUGUAUUUGGAGAAAUCUCAUGAUCAAAAAAUACACCUUGGUCAAAACGGAUCUGCGUUAUAUCAAAACUAGAGAGACUAAUAUUACUAGACACGCUUUCUACACUUGGAAAGCAUUGUCAGCUCACCGUUAUUAUUUACAAAAAUUGAUGCUUGAAAAAACAACCACGAGUAGCAUGAAAACAUUACAGUGCGCAUUUAAAACUUGGAGAAAUGUGCUUGCGACUCAAAAUUUGCAAAAAAAGCGUGCUCGAAUUCUUGUUCAACGGAUGUGGUCACAACUUCGAUGUCGAUAUGAUCAUGUUGCUUGCAAAUUGCCAGAAUUGCUUGUAUUGUACGAAUUGAACAUGAAAACUCGAAUAUGCUCUGCUUUGAUUCAUACUUGGAAACAGCGUACCAUUUUUUAUGCAAGCCAGCGCCGCUCUGCGCGUCGUAUGAGCAGAUACACUUUGCUACGUACAAGUCUUGAAUCAUGGGUAUCAUGCUAUCGCGACAAUAUGGCAUCCAAAAAAAAUGCAAUUCAGUUUAGCAAUACCAAGCGAUUCAUAUCUAGUUUUAAGCAGUGGCAUACUAAACUUUUGAAAGCAAGGAUCAAGCGAGUGCAUAUGCUUUUUGACAAUUUUCAAAACAAACACAGGCUAAAUGUACUUCGAUCUGCGUAUAGUGAUUGGCAUCAAAACUACUCAAAGCGUUAUACGUUAGUGCGUCGAGAAUCUGCCGUGGCUCGACUAUUUGAUCGGAAAAUCAAAACGUUGGCGUUCAGUCAAUGGCUAAAAAUAUGGCGUUUUAAAGCGUGGCGAAAUAAGAUUGUUCGUUUAUCAAGACAAUCACACCAAAAUUCCAUAUUGCUCUUGUCAGAUUUGCUUUGUGAUAUAGUCAAAAAAUGGCAUAGUUUUGCUUCCAAGGAACGCAUAUUGAAAGAUAAGCUGGCUGCUCAAUUGAAUCGGGUUCACUUGCGCAAGCAAAGAAUUGUACUGUCUAUUUGGACCUGUGCAUUGAAAUAUCGCCGACUGGAGAAAAUUGCACAUGUAGCACAUUGUACAUUUUCUGAAAAGGCGUGCCGAUCGGCUUUUCAAGUGUGGAGACGCCGGUUUUUUUUAAAAGAUGGCGAUCGUCGCGCAUUAGUACUGUACUACAACAAAAUAUGUGGUUUAGCUUUACGAAAAUGGAUUUUCAAAAUCAGAGUUGGUCUCGGUCCAGUAGAUCUUAAAAGCAUAUUCAAUGAUUAUAUUAUUUCACUGCAAAUCCUGCAGAUAUCACUACCUCAGCCUCGAUUUGUACGCACAAGCAUGGUUAAAAACAGCGAUGAACAUUUUGCCCUUGAUUCCUUUCUUCGAGUUCUUUAUUCAAACAAAGUGGUCGUUGCAAUGGACGGAGUACCUCAAAAUCGACCCAUAAAACUGACAAAUAUAAUCAAGCAUUUAUCUGACAAUUCACUACGUACGUCGUCACAAUUUGGCCAUUCAAAUAUUUCUUCAAACAUACCUGCUACAUCAUAUACACCUCUUUCACAGCGAUAUUAUGCACAUGGCGCUAGUUUCAUUCAGCCUCAAAAAAGCAUUGCAACUGUUGUUUCCAAUGCCGACGGAACGGUUGUUGCAGAGCCUCGUGUGUCCAUCUCUCGUUCUCUAGUUAUACUUGCACGAUCGUUUACUCAAUGGCAUGAGAUGGUUAAAGCAUUUCGUACCUCGAGUGACUAUGUCGAACGCCGAUAUAAUGUAAAACUGGUAGCUGCAGCUUUUCAGAUAUGGAGGUCUAACUCUUCAACCACAAGAAAUCAUGUACAAACUAUGAUUCAGUUUACCGUGUAUUGUCAAAAAAAGCUUACACAAAGAAUGUUUAAACUGUGGCGAACAAGAUCCAUGCACAUACAUGCUGAUAUGUACCGAGCAACUCAGUAUGACCAAUACAAAAUACAUGCGCUUGGGUUUCAUAUAUGGAUGUAUUCAACACAGCGCUGGCAAAUGAUUUCUAAUGCGUCAGCUAAACUUCACACUCACCGUGUUUUAGCUACAGCUUAUAAAAAAUGGGUAGUUCGAUACCGUGUCAUUCGAACCACUGUAAUAGAACGGAAGCAUUUGGAAAUGGCUGACUUGUGGCGAUAUAAGCAAACCUGCUCUCAUGCUUUAAAGACAAUGCAAGUUAAAUUCAAUCGCGUUCAAACCCUAAAACAGCUUGCUGAUGUGCAUUUUCAAAAUCGAUGCACUAGAAAGUAUACUUUGAAGUGGAUGGUGGCUGUGAUUGAACAUAUUAGACUGCGUCGAUUGAGGAUGCAGGCUAAGUACUAUUAUAUACGAAAACGCCAAGCAAGCGUUUUUUUGACAUGGUAUCGUCAAACACAGUUGCGGCUUAAUCUUUACCAUGCAUCCCGUUACUUGACUACUCGUCGUCAAUCACAAGCUUUGCAAAUUUGGAAAAAAAAGACAGUUCAGAAACGAAUGCUACAUGACAAGCUUGUCAAGUUGAAAAAAUGUGUCGUGAGAUUUUUUGUUUUUAAACUAGGAAUUGUUUUUCAUCAUUGGCAGAAGCGAUUGCAUUGGGCGAGACUUGACGAGAAAUUAUACGAACGAGAACGACAGUUUAUAGCUUUUCAGAUAUCCAAGCCUAAACUCCUGCUUGAUAAUAUUCAAAGUAUUAACCAAUGGGUAGAGCAGUAUUAUCACUCCAAUACUAUUUCAAAUGCAUGCAUAACUAAAAAAGAUAUCCAUACAUUGGCUGAUCUGUCAUCAGCAUUCAAGCAUUGGAAAAAUGUGACAAUGAGAAACAAAUCCGAUUGUUUUUCCACUCAGCGUAUUGUUCGUGGAAAGCUUAAAGCCUGGGCAUCACACUUGGUAUUUACUCAUUGGAAAAUAACGGUACAAAAUUCUCGACUUGCAAAGCAGCAUUAUCUUGGACGCAUCUUUGGAAAUUGGAUGAAUUGUUUUCAAGAUAAACAAGCAAAAAAUAAACCCUUUAUGUUGGUUGAUAUCAGAUAUGAAAAUUCGGGCUGUCCAGCAUUCACAUUGGAAAAUGCUACGUCAUGCAGUUCAAACUUGGCAGACUCGCUUGAAACAGAAAAAACACAUGAUACAUCCUGGCGGUUUCGGGCCAUGUCGGAUCUUUUUGUAAAAUGGAAAUCGCUGCAUCAACGACGUCGGUUUGAAAUGGCUCGUAAAAUGAUUUACGCAGAAACAUGGUCAGAAAAACGACUGAAGCGCAAGAUUCUGGCAGCAUGGCGAUUGUUAUGCGAAGCAGCAAAUGCUGGACUACAACCGAGUGCGGAAUUAUCCGUAAUACGACAUUGUCUAGGCCAAGGCAACAUGGUGAUUGGUAGACUUGAUCCUCAGAUCGAAACGCUGCUGACCAACACGUCUGCCAUGGCGACACUUCCUGCACUAAACCAGAGAUCGCAAUCCAAUAUUUUACUAGAACUCGAUGACGCAAUAUUGGCUCAUCGAGCAUGA